GUCAGCGGGAGAAACAGUGCGGCAGUUUGGGGACGAACUCCGCACAACAGUUGGCUUUCCUGCCCAUAAACGGAUAUUUUACAGCCACCCACUCCCGGAGCGAUUGUGAACUUGUGCUGCUCUCUUUGUGGAAAAUCAUCCUCACAGACUCUUUUCUGUCGUCCCUCCAGUCAACUUCGGUGAGGCGAAGCGUCGCCUUCAGCAGCCGUGGAAGCGUCACAUGGGAGUGUGUGUCCGGGUGUGUGACGCCGUGUGUUCACGCCGAACCCGACCGGCAUGGCGGGCGGCAGAGAGCGAGGCUCGCGGACACAGCGGCCGUGGUCGGUGUACCGCGCCAACACCUUCGAGUUGUCCAGCGAGAUGAUCGGCCUGGCACUGGCAGGAAAUAGUCAGGACCCUGAUGAACCAGUGCUGGAGUUCAGUGUCGCUUGCACAGAUCUGGUGACUCCGGCUUUGGAUCGGAAACCAAACAGCUUCGUGGCAGUGAGCUGCACGACGCCGCCGCAGGCCUUCUGGACCAAACACGCCCAGACCGAAGUCAUCGAGGGAACCAGUAAUCCCAUCUUCCUCAGCAGUGUCGCCUUCUUCCAGGAGUCCAACAUCAACCACCAGACGCAGGUGAAGCUCGCCGUGUACGACGUGAAGGACCGGUCGCAGGGCACGAUGUACAUGCUGGGUUCGGCUCUGUUUCCUGUCAAGGAGCUGCUGCACGAGAAGAGCCACAGAUUACAGCUGGAGCUGAGAUCAGCAGAGAACCAGCGGGUGGGAAACAUCACCAUCGCCGCCUGGCAGAUGGAGGACAGAGCCGAUCAGAGGAUGUCGGUGGGACGACUGCCGGACAGCAUCAACGGACGGACGGUGCUGCCGGUCGACGAGAGUCUGACCGAGUCGAUGGGAGUCCGGAUCAAGUACGCGUCGCUAUGCAAAGACACGCUGCUGCGCUCAGUGUUCGGCGGCACCAUGUCCAGGAUGUACCGCUUCCCCACCACCGACGCCAACCACCUCCGGGUGCUGGAGCAGAUGGCCGAGAGCGUCCUGUCGCUGAACAUUCCCAGACAGUUUGUCAAACUGCUGCUGGAGGAGGACGCCGCCAGAUAUUACAAACGCGAAUCAAUAAGAAAAAAGUACAACACAUCACUGAACAUACAAAUGAGUCCGUCGUUCAAAGCCAGCAACCUGAAGGCGGAGAGGAAGCUGGAGUUCAUGCCGACCAACCUCCACGUUCAGAGGAUGAGGGUGCAGGACGAGCUGGGCUUCGAGCACACCUACGACGUGGUGACCAUCGGCGCUCCAGCUGCUCACUGUCAGGGCUUUAAGAACAGCGGACUGAGGAAGCUCAUCCAGAAGUUUGAGGAGGCAAAGAAGCACAGCGCCCUCUCCAGCUCGCAGUCCAUCGUCUACAUCCCGCAGGACAUCGUCCGAGCCAAAGAGAUCAUCGCCCACAUCAACACGCUCAAGACUCAGGUCAGCUACUACGCCGAGAGGCUUUCGCGGGCCGCCAAAGACCGAUCGGCCAGCGGACUGGAGAGGACGCUCGCCAUUCUGGCUGAUAAGACUCGUCAGCUGGUGACGGUGUGCGACUGCAAACUGCUGGCGUCGGCCAUCCAGGCCCUGAACGCGGCGCGGCCCGAGUACAUCGCCUCCAAAGCGUCUCCUUCCGCCGAGUCGGAACAAGUAGUCCUCCGCAACGACCAGGACACGCUGCUGGCCAAGUGGAGCGGUCGCAACAGCCGAUCUUCGCUGCACGUGGACUGGCACGAAGAGGAGUGGGAGAAGGUGUGGCUGAAUGUGGACAAAUCCCUGGAGUGCAUCAUCCAGCGAGUGGACAAGCUGCUUCAGAAAGAGAGGAGGCCAAGCGUGGGCAGUCAGGACAGUUCCCAGAGUGACCUGCAGGGCGGCAGCACCAAGAAAGGUGAUGGGAAAAGACGAGCUUUCUGGAUCAACCCAGGAAACAUGUCGCAGGAGUCUCCAUCCUUACCACCACCAUCAUCAUCAUCACCUUCAUCAUCAGAGCCUCCUCCACCUUCAUCACCGCCUCCAUCCUCCUCCUCCUCCUCUGCACGUCCUCCCAGCCCCGAAACCUAUGCGAGCCCCGGUGCUGAGGAGGCGUAUCCAGGCGAGUGGAGCGAGGCGCUGUACCCCCUCCUCACCACGCUCACCGAGUGCGUCGCCAUGAUGAGCGACAAGGCCAAGAAGUCGAUGGUGUUCCUGUUGAUGCAGGACAGCGCUCCCACCAUCGCCAUGGACGUGUCGCUGCAGUACCGCCGCGACGUCGUCUUCUGCCAGACGCUCACCGCGCUCAUCUGCGGCUUCAUCAUCAAACUGAGGAACUGUCUCCGUGACAACGGGUUCCUGCGACAGCUCUACACCAUCGGCCUGCUGGCUCAGUUCGAGUCCCUGCUCAGCACCUACGGAGAGGAGCUCGCCAUGCUGGAGGACAUGAGCGUCGGCAUCAUGGAUCUGCGUAACGUCACCUUUAAGGUCACCCAGGCGACCGGUAGCUCCGCCCCCGACAUGCUGCCCAUCAUCACGGGGAACCGCGACGGCUUCAACGUUCGCAUCCCGCUGCCAGGAACCAUGUUCGACGCUCUGCCUCGAGAGAUCCAGAGCGGCAUGCUGCUGAGGGUUCAGCCGGUUCACUUCAACGUGGGCAUCAACGAGCAGCAGACGCUGGCGGAGAAGUUCGGAGACACGUCCCUGCAGGAGAUCAUUAACUCGGAGAGUCUCUCCAGACUGAACUCCUACUACGAACAGUUCAAAGAAGUCCUGCCUGAGGACUGCCUCCCGAGGUCUCGUUCUCAGACUUGUCUUCCUGAGCUGCUGAGGUUUCUGGGCCAGAACGUCAACGCCAGGAAAAACAAGAACGUGGACAUCCUCUGGCAGGCGGCCGAGAUCUGUCGGCGGCUGAACGGCGUUCGCUUCACCAGCUGCAAAAGCGCCAAAGACCGCACGGCGAUGUCGGUGACGUUGGAGCAGUGCCUGAUCCUGCAGCACGAGCACGGCAUGGCGCCGCAGGUCUUCACGCAGGCCCUCGACUGCAUGCGCAGUGAAGGCUGCCGGCGAGAAAACACGGUGAAGAACGUCGGAUGCCGAAAAUACGCCUUCAACUCGCUGCAACUCAAGGCCUUCCCCAAACACUACCGACCGCCGGACGGCACCUACGGCAAAGUGGAAACCUGACGGGGAAGCUGUGGACGUUCUGCCUCCUGCUUGGUGACGGAGGUCAGACUGAGGACAAUCAAGACGCUGGUCAGAGACGGCGUCACGGUGAACAAACAGCUUCACCGGCCUGAUAGAGAACAUUUCCACCACCUUAGUUCAACAACAGUUGUAGGUGCUGCAUUAGUUGCUUGUGUCAUAUUAAGCAGAACACGAGAUCGUUUUUUGUUUUCAGCUGUAAAGGAGAAAGAGAAGCACUGCCUCAGUCACCUGAGAUCAAACUCUGGUUUAUAAAACAUGCAGGUCGUCACGUUUGACCAGUUUUCACAGUGAAAUCAAGAGAAAACUGAUUUAAUUCAGCAAAAGAGAAGUAAAAUGGUUAAAAACAGACGGUUGUUCAGAGGAGAGACUUCACUUCAGUCUUUUUUGGUUGGUUUAUUCCACCUCGAAUCAUCUCCUCGACCAUCGACGAUUCGCUUUAAACCUUUACAUCCUAAACUCUGGAUAUUUAAAACGCUGUCUGUGACAUUUUAGCCUCACAUAUUAAAUACUUUCUGGAAUAAAACAAACCAAAUUAACCCCAGUUUCACAUGUAAAUUUGAGGCUGUUUGAGCGACGACAUCUCAGAAACUAUUAAAGAUGAAAACCUGAGAUCUUCACUCAUGUUUCUCAUCAUUUCAUUAAUUCAGAAUCUAUAAUAUUAGACAAGCAGAUCGAAUCAUGUCUGGAGAAUAAAUGGAACUCUUAAUUAAAAACCAACUCAAUCAGUCAACAAAAACAACUUCCUGUUUUCAUUUUUGUGACCAAGUAUUUCACAUUAGAAGCUGUUUUAUAUGUUUUUGUGACGUGCAGCUACAUGUGAUUUAUCAAAUAUCACUCGCUCACGUCUGCGUUGACACAUUUCUUCCUAAUUUGUGCUCAAAGAUGGAACUUUUCACGUUUCAUUUUCAAAGAAUGUUUGAUCUACUUGUCUAAUGUUGUAGAUUCUGACAAAUAAAUUCAGUUUUUUUCUUUAAUAGUUCCUGGGAUGGAUUUCAACAUGAGAAAAAACCUGCUGAAGAACAUUUCUCAGGCAGUGUUUGAUAUAAAAAUCUAAAAUUUCACAGAUAUUUUUCUAAGAUUUCAGGUAAAUCCGAGACGGUCGAGCAGAAACGGUUCUAAACAUGUGUCUGUUUGACCCACAUGUAAAACCUUCAUGGCCUUACUCGUCUUCUCCACACACGCCGCCACGUAGCAUAAAGCUAAACUAGCAUCUUUAACCAUCCAGAAACAGUAGCAGUGUUACGGGAACGUUACCUGAAGUGCCCUUGAGCAAGAAUCCAAACGCCACCGACCAGCCUGGAGCGGAAACAGGAGAUCAGUCCAGAUGUGGAGCUCGUUAGCAGCAGAAAACCUGUCGUCUGCUUUUUUAAGUCGGACGGAGCAACGUGAUCGACGUGGAGGUCAUUUUGUGGCUCUUUUUGCUCCAUGUUUGGUCUCCACCGCCUUUAUUUAUCCGCUAAACGCUUCACAUUAACACAGUUUCCAUUUAAAACACACAACUUCUGGCCUUUAGUUUGCACUGAGAUGAUUAGAGCUCGUAUUAAAGGAGCUUUUAAAGCAGAUGUGGACCAACUUCAAACCAAAAAUCGUGAAAAGAAAACCCGUCCCAUCAUGAGGGAGGAUUUCUGUAAAAGUUUGAUGGAGUACAAAGUGCUCAAUUUGAUAAAUCUACAGACUAAACUGCUGUCUGUCUGAAUCUGACGGAAAACGAUCGCAAACCUUGAAUGUCAGUUUCUGUAACUCGUAAAGUGUUCAAUCUCCUUAAAGUCCUCUAAACAAAGACGAAGCUUAAAACAAAUCUAAGGUGAAGGAAGACGUCAAAAUGCAGAUAAAAAGUCAGUAAAAUGGGAAAUAAGUAGCAUAAAGUGGGAUAAACAUCAUGAAAACACUGUGUCCUUAUUCCACCUUUAGUUUCUAUGCAAUCAGUUUCCACCUCACAACGUUUGAAAAGUGUCAGAAAGAAGCCGUCGGACCUCAUGAAAGCUGAAAAAUGUCUGUUUCUACUUGAAUAAAAUCCCUCUGAGACACGUGCUGUGGAUGCUUUUGUGUUUAUUUCUGCAGAAUUCAUGCGCAGCGAUCAGUUUGAGCCACACGGGGGCGUCACAGCUCAGAAAAUCCACCUCCCAGCUGGACUUUUGAAACAUUUCAGCAGCUCGGAUCGUCACAUUCGGCUGCUCUUUAGGUGAAAUCAUGCUGUAGGUCCUCUGAUCAGCUGCUGUUUGUUCUGCUGAUGUGAAAACGUCUGUAAAUGUUUUCAUGUUGUACAAAAACUGUCAAUAUCUGACGCCGAAAUAAAUCUGAACCGGG